AUGAGUGGCACUAAUGGGUCCAAUGGGGCUACCGGCAGCAAUAGCAGCAUCAACGGCAACAACACCAACUUUCAGCGCAAGAUUGGCCUCACCAGUGGCAUCUGCUUUGUCGUGGGCAUCAUCAUCGGCUCGGGCAUCUUUGUCAGUCCAAAGGGCGUCUUCGAGAACGCCAACUGCACUUAUGUGGGCGCCUCUGUCGUCUGGGUCCUGUCCGGGCUCUUCUCCAUGAUGGGCGCACUGGUCUACUCGGAACUGGGGACGACCAUUGUUCGCUCUGGCGGUGACUACGCUUACCUGAAUGCAGGCUUUGGCUCAGCCGUUGCCUUCCUCUACCUUUGGAUCAACCUGGCGGCCAUUCGGCCAGCCUCGCAGGCAAUUCUGGCGUUGACAUGCGCCUACUACCUUCUCGAGCCCUUCAAGUCGCUCUGCGACUCGUGGGACUUUGAGGCGAUCAUUCGAAUCAUAUCAGCGCUGCUCAUCGGACACAUAAACGACACCAUACAAAAAGUGUUUCUCGUCGUGGAGGCGUCACCUGAAGAGAUCGAUGAUAAAAGGUGA